CUCGGCCGGGAAGGAGACGUCAUGGCCUCGCGGCGGGUCGAGCUGGGCUUCGCGGAGGAGGCGGCGGAGGCCUGGCGGCUGCGCAGCGAGCAAUUCCCUUGCAAAGUGGGCGGCAGGCCGGCGUGGCUGGGGGAGGCGGGCUUGCCGGGCCCCGCCGAGCUGCAGUGCGGCGCGUGCGGGGAGCCGCGCGCCUUCCUGCUGCAGCUCUACGCGCCUCGGCCAGGCCGGCCCGACGCCUUCCACAGGAGCCUCUUCCUCUUCGGCUGCCGCCGGCCCGCCUGCUACCGCCUCGCCGGCCCCUCCCCGGGCAGCCUGAGAGUUUUUAGGAAUCAAUUACCAAGGAAGAAUGACACUUACUCUUAUGAUCCACCACGGGAAGAGCCACCCCACGAAGAGCCGAUUUGUGCAAAUCUACAGCUAAAAUGUGGAACGAAGCUGUGCCGAGUCUGUGGGUGUUUGGGAAGCAAAACAUGCUCCAAAUGCCACAAGGCUCAUUACUGUAGCAAAGACCAUCAAGUUAAGGACUGGAAAGCAGGGCAUAAGCUUUCAUGCUUGCAGUCUGGUGAGCUGGAUGUUGUUAUUCCAGAUCAUAAAUUUCUUUUCCCCGAGUACGAAAUUGUGAUAGAGCCUGAAGAAACUGACUCCUCCAAUGUCAGUGAAACAGAAGAGGAAGAUCAGGACAAAAAAGAAUUGACAUCUGCGGCCAAUACAGAUGAAGCACCAGAUUAUCUAGAUGAGACAACAUUGGAAGCUAUGGCAAAACAUGAAACCCAAGAUGACAAGAUUUUUCAGAAAUUUAAAGAGAAAAUUUCUUCAGAACCAGAACAGAUUAUCAGAUACUGUAGAGGUGGAGAAGGCCCACUCUGGAUUUCUGCAGAAAACAUUCCUCAGGAGACGGACAUCCCCAACUGUUUAUGUGGUAGUAAAAGAGUAUUUGAAUUCCAGAUUAUGCCGCAACUUCUGAAUCACCUAAAAGUUGACAGCCUUGGAGAAAGCAUCGACUGGGGAACACUAGCUAUUUAUACGUGUGCCGACAGCUGUAAUAGAGGCAACCACUAUACUGAAGAAUUCGUCUGGAAGCAGGAUAUUUCUAGCACUAUUUAAUAUCUACAAAAUUUAAAUGGCAGGACAUUUAACUCCGCAUCAUUAAAAUAUGUCACUUCAUAACUAA